CUCCGAUUAAUGCAAUAGUAAAGGACGGACUAAUGGUUUUGAGAGUUCGUUUACGAUGUGCAUGCUGUAAUAAACCGUGUUGGAUGGAGUACGGUUUUAGUAUCCAUUUAGAGCGCAAAGCGAAUACAACCUAGUGAGGAUGACAUCACCAGCGACAUCGACUAACCAUUCCAUCGAAAAGCGUCCAGCAAGUUACGAUCAGUACGAGUUUACCUUGUCCGAUCUGUAUCGCAACAUUGCUAAAGAGGAACUUCGGGAGGAUGAUGAGAUUCGGGAGCAGUCGUUAGUGCAAAUGCGUGAAUGGAUUGCCAAACAUCCGUACAUUCGCAAGUGUCGUACGGAUGCAUCGUUUCUGUUGCGUUUUCUGCGCUUUAGAAAGUACUCAGUGCCGAUGGCUUGUGAAGCAUUGGAGCGAUACCUUGCGAUGCGUGAAACGUUUCCCACAUGGUUCAAAAAGUUAGACUGUAAUGAGCCUGUGAUGCGAGAGUUGCUCGAAAGUGGUGUGUUUGCAAAGCUUGGCCAAGAUUCGGAAGGCCGUAUGGUGAUAAUGUUCCGCGUGAGUCUUCUAAAUGUGGACAAGUUUGGACCGUUAGAGCAAGGUCGUUUGGUGGCACUACUGAUCGAAACAUUGCUCGAAUGGGAAGAGCUACAGAUCGGUGGAUUUCGUGUGAUGGUCGAUUUUACCGAUACUGUUAUGAAGCAUUACGGUUUGUGGGGCGUUACGGAUAUGAAGAUCUUCAUGGAUGCGAUCAACCGAUCGUAUCCAAUACGGUUUCGCGAGAUAAAUGGUGCGAAAUUUCCUAAAUUUGCCGUUUCCAUCCUGAAUCUGCUGCUUACGUUCGCAAGCCCCAAGUUGAAGGAGAGAAUUAUUUGUCACAAUACGGUAUUGGAGAUGAAGGGAAAAUUCGUACCUUCAUUACUGCCAAAAUCAUACGGUGGAGAUCUCGAUACAGACGAUUUGGGACGUAAAUUUAUCAAACAUCUAGAAGAUCGUCGAAAUGUAAUACUAGCGCUGGAUGACAUGGAAAUCGAUGUAGCACACUACUCUUCGCUCUGGCAUCAGUCUAAUUUGGUGGAAAACGAAGUCGAAAGUGGUGUGGCUGGUAGUUUUCGUAAGCUUAAUGUAGACUAAAUAAUUUGAAUAUGAUAAUAAAUAUAAUUAAAAAUUCUUCUGUAAAUAAGGUAAA